AUGGGCGUAUCCGGCCUCAUGCCCUUGUGGAAACUUGUCAUGACGUCUGAGAUUGUUUUUCCUCCCCCCAAUAUCCCACCACGAAACAUUAUUGUGCAGCAAAGGGUCGAGAGGCUUAGUGAGAAGUUUGCCAACAUGGAGUACAGUCGUAUGACCGCCGGCCUUCCUUCGUUGGGAUCAUUCACCAGGAAGACGACUUCCGGAUUCUCCGACCUUCGGUGCAUGAAUCGUCAAUUUCUUAUGGUCAUCAACUUUGUGCUCGUUGUUGCGGGGUCAUUUGUAUUUGGGUAUUUCUUAAGUGAUAUUUUUGGUCAAAGCCACGCGACACCAGCCCAACGUGUCGUCUGCGGUUUCAGCCUUGCUCUUAUUGUAUUCUUUGCUGAUUUAUACUUUCUUCUGAAGAAUGUGGACGCCUGUGAUGACACCCAAGCUUUGCUAAGUAACAAACGGCUGACCUGA